AUGAAGACAGCUCUUGUGUUUCUGCUUCUGCUGGUUGUUAUCGUCAUCCCGAGUGCAGAAUCCUGGGGAAGGAGAAGAUGGUUUAGGGUGAGAGUUCCCAGGAUCAGGGUACGCCUCAGGAGGAUAUUCCAUCCUGUAACACACAUAUGGAGGAAAGUUGUGAAGCCAGUUGUGAAGACCAUAGGCAAAGGAGUCAAAAUAGUUAUCAAACCCAUUCUUAGACCAAUACAGGAAACCAUUUGUCCCAUAGUGAACGGCAAAAGAGAUACGACUUGGGAGACAGAGUAUCAUUAUGUUGAGUCUCGUGGCAAGAGAGCACCUGUCGAGGGAACGGGUGCUGAGGAAGACUUGGAAGACAUGGAAGAGGACCAGUCUGACAUGAUGAUGACAAGAAGAGCGCAAGAGAUGGAGGACUGGCUGGAGAUGUACGACAAGGAGGGUCGGGUCUUGGAGGGUCUGAAUGAGCUGGUGAAUACCAAGCGGGACGUGAGGGAACUUAACCAAGUCCUGCAGGAUCCUGUCAGGUCCAAGAGGUUGCUGACGUACGUGGGCAAGGCGUUGUGUGGAAAGCCAGUUAAAGAGAAGAAUAGAGUCGGAGAUGGCAAAAUUCCUGAUAAAGAUGAAGAUAAGGUCGAACCGUUCACAUACAACAUAAACAAGAACAGUGUGAUCCACCCUGUAUAGUCAACCUGUGUGAUUGUCUGAAUAAAGGCAAGCAUUGUG